AUGUCUUCCAACAGAGACAGCCUCCACUCCGCCUCCUCGGGCUACCCCUCCUCCCUCUCCUCCCUCUCCAUGUCUGCCCUCGGCCUCACAGACUCCCCCCUUCCCCAGCGACACCGCAAGUCCCCCUCCGUCGGCUCUUCUCCCUCGUCCUCUCCCACCCGCCAGAAGCCCGCCCGCGCCACCCCCUCCAAAGCCUCUCUCCGCCAGGAGGCAACCACCAAUGCCGCUGUUAAGGUCGUCCACCAGCAGCGCUCGGCCGACUCGGUGUCUCAUCAGCGACGGACCUCGCAAUCCGGCACGAAGGAGAACCAACCUGCCAAAGCCGUCGGUGCCACCAAGAACACUCCAACCAAAGCGGCUACUAGAGCCUCUGCCCCGCAAGCCGCCCGCACUUCAGCCCCUCAGGUUGCCCAGCCCGAUCAGCGCGUCACGUCUCGUUCGUCAAAGACUCCGAAAGAGGCCCCUCUUGCUGAUGACUGGGAGGAGCAACUCGCUCGAGAUGCCAACAAGCUUUCUUUGGGGACAACCCCUCAGGCGCGGGCACGCGAAGAGCCUCAUCAACUUUCUGAAGGGGACACGGAGUGGGAGCGACUGGGACAAGCCAUGUCCGAUAGCCGGAAGAAGGAAGACCAAUCCAGGCGCGAGAUCCCUCGAGCAAUUGCGUUGCCCCCGUCUACCCCUCGAACGCCUAUCCGUGCUGUUGUCAAUGGCGUGACUUCUAUCCAUGUCGGAGUCCGACCUCGUCUCCACCCAUCUCGAGAGUACGAGUCCAUGACACUCAAUCAGCCCGACCUCUACUCUCCAGCUCCUUUUUGCUCUCCCAACGCGGCCAACUCUGACCUGCAAACAUCGAGCCCCCACGUCGCCAGACAUGGUGUCGAGCUUCUCCAGAAGGCUCAGAAAGAGUACGAGGAGUGGAAAGCGAGAAAAGAAGAACGAGAGGGAGGCAUGGAGACUGGGUCGCGAGACUGGGAACCGAAGACUCGAGAGAUUGCUGGACCCAGUGCCCUCUCCUCGUACAACACUCCGAUGUUUUCGCCGGGCGAGGAGGCGUACAAUUUCGAACAGUACCACCCGUCCACUCCCGCUCCUCCCAUACAACCAAGCUCACAACCUUUGCAAAAAGGCAAGUCGAGUAGCUCGCGACCCUCUCCAACAACCAAAGCUACGCAGCGCCAGGAUAUGCCUAGCCCCCGCCCUGACGACAUGGAGGACGUCACGCAGGCUCAAGGUAUGGCGGCCGAUCAGUACAUGCAGCAGUAUCCGGGAGCGAAUGACCCGUAUGCUUAUCCAUAUUGGGACCCUUCAUACUGGUGGGCCAUGUACGGAGGAAUGGAUCCUAUGGGCAUGGGCGCGCAGAAUAUGCAAAGCGGACAUUACUCAGGUGGUUUCAACGGUCAAGCAGGCGGCAACCCCGAGCUCGGGGAACAGCAGGCAUAUGAUCUAUCGAGCAUGAUGUAUAAUCCCUAUCAGUGGGGAGGUGGUAUGGGGGGCGGCAUGAUGGGCCACGGCCAAAAUGGGUAUCCCGGAGGCCAGAGCAUGUACGGGCAGCAGUCAAUGAUGGACGGCAAUCGCUCUAUGGGGAUGGGUUCUCCCUCCGUGAUGGGUUCCGGACAGGCCCAAGCAGGCGGUGGCGGGGAUCUCAAAGCUUUCGACCCUACCAAAAUGAAGCAAGGCCGACAAGGUCAUUAUGGAUAUCUUGAAGGUCGAGAGUUGGCAGGACCUCCUCCUGGAUAUGCACCCGCCGGUAUCGCUCCAGCUUCUUCUCCUGGUACAGCUACAGCAACAUCUCACCGCGGCGGCAGUACAGUCGGCCCGCCCUCUUCAGCUGGUCACGGCGCAGGAUCGUCUUGGGGCGACUCGUCCAACAAUCCACGUGCGCGUUACGACGGAGCUGCUCAUGGUAUCGGCUACGUCCAAGCCGACCUCGAUUCGCCGUAUCCACGCGCUCCAAGCGGGCUUGGAACGAACGCCUACUCGCGUUAUGGUGCGGAUGGGUCGGUGAUGAAUGGAGAUGCUCGUGUGAGCCACCGAAGGAUUCGGGAGGGAAGGGUGUGAGCUUUGUGCGAUCUGUAACACGAAACUAUACUCCAAGUUGCUGUGUGUUAUACAGUAUAUACAACCAAUGCAUG